AUGUCCAAGAACGAAUUACGUCACAGACCAAAGACAAAGCAGAGAGGCGCACUUACUAGCAAUGGACCUGACAGUAGCAACUGGCCAUAUGCACAUGGAAGAAUGGACCCCUAUGCUAAAGUUAUUGGCAUCUCCGUUCUUGUAAUUACAUCAGCACUGAUUGGUAUAUUCCGCUACCAGCAGUACCUACGAGAUAUUGUAAUCACGCCUCUAGAUUCUCCAAGGAUUAUUCUUGAUAAUAGCUCUUCCCCAGAUGUAAACCCGGAGAAGUUUUGGGGCACUUACAGACCUCACACAUAUUUUGGUAUGAAAAGUCGACAUAAAACAUCACCUGUCUUUGGCCUGAUGUGGAUGAUUCAGUUGACCAAUCGCAUGCCUCCACCCUUGAGACACUGGUGUAAUCAAGGGGAUGGCCUUGAAGGGUACAUCUGGCAAAUGCACGAUGGUGUCAGUUUUGGCAUUCAAGAAAUCAGAGAGAAGCUGUACACGGUCAAGACAGAGUUUGUCAAGCAAGCAGGGGGCAGCCAUGGAGGUGACUGGUCAGCAAGAAUCAGUUUUGUUCCAAAGGACCCGUCAACACCUGUUGUACUGUCAAGUUUCUUCUAUGCUGCUUUGGAUGGAGACAAUGGGAAACUGGAACCAGUACUGGUGAAUAACCGUCUGCGAUCAGUUCGAGGAUCACAUGAAGGAUUAGGUGAUUUUGAACUGUUGUUGCCGAAAGUUGAGAGUAGCGGUCAAAAGGAAAGCUAUUUAGUCACUUAUGCUAAUCAACUUGAUCAACUUGAAGACAUUUCCAUAGCAGGGAUGGGCGUAGAAGCCUGGGACAGUGCCAGGACCCUGCCUUAUUUUUCCCUUGCUGGUCGCAGGGUGCCGAAAGAUGUUCCAGGACCAAACUAUAUUGUAAAACAGGUGACGACCACAUUGCCUUUUACCAUGGAGGUUGUAUUUCAGUCUGCUAGUUUUGCAGAUAGGCAGAAUCAGUUGUCUGGUAAUGUUUUUUCUUCUCUGCUGGAGCAGCGGAAGAAAGAGUUCAAUGACCGAUUUGAAGAGACAUUCAGACUAAAUGAAAAGGAAUACAGUGAGAGAGAAAUUAACUUCGCUAAAGCUGCCCUUAGUAACAUGCUGGGUGGUAUUGGAUAUUUCUAUGGAUCCUCUUUAGUGCAGUCCUCCUACAACAGGGAACCUGUGAGUUAUUGGGAAGCACCCUUGUAUACCGCAGUACCUUCACGUCCAUUCUUUCCCAGAGGAUUUCUGUGGGAUGAAGGAUUUCAUAAUCUUUUAAUCAGUGCAUGGGAUCAGGAGAUUUCCAAGGAUAUUAUAGGUCAUUGGAUGGAUCUGAUGAACACAGAGGGAUGGAUUCCUAGAGAGCAGAUUUUAGGGCCGGAAGCCCGGAAGAAGGUACCAUCAGAGUUUGUUGUUCAAAGAAACACAAAUGCAAAUCCUCCCACCUUUUUCCUGCCUCUUCAGAGGUUGAUUAAGAACAUGAUAAAAAGCAAUAAGCAGGAAGACAAGGUGUAUCUGACAGCCCUGUACCCUCGACUGAAGACAUGGUUUAAUUACUAUAACACCAGUCAGAAUGGAAAGCUUCCAUUCACCUACAGAUGGCACGGAAGAGACCCCACUGUGACAAAGCAGCUAAAUCCACUGACCUUAGCCUCAGGUCUGGAUGACUAUCCAAGAGCUUCGCAUCCAACAGAUGAGGAGCGACAUGUUGAUCUGAGAUGCUGGAUUGCUUUUGCAGCCGGUGUGAUGGCAGAUAUCGCUAGGACACUAGGCCAGGAUUGGCAGGAGUAUGAGGCAACUCACAAGCUGUUGUCCGACAACAAGCUCCUGGAUAAACUUCACUGGUCACCAAAAGGGCAACAAUUAGAAAAACCUAAACCACCUCCCAACCCCAAGCACCCUCAUAAUUCCUUCAAUAUGGACAUGGACAAAAUCAGGGUAGUUCUCAGUGAACCUACUUUACAGUUUGUCAAUGCUCUUGGGUAUGUCAGUCUCUUUCCAUUUCUUCUGAGAAUAGUGGAUGUCGAGUCUCCAAAACUGAAUUACAUUUUAAGGGACAUUACAGAUCCUAACAAACUGUGGACAGACUAUGGCCUGCGUUCCAUAAGCAGAAGCUCAAAAUUCUACGGCCGUUACAAUACAGAGCAUGACCCGCCUUACUGGAGGGGACCAAUUUGGAUCAACAUGAAUUACCUGUGUCUUUCAGCCCUUCGACAUUAUAGCUUAUUGCCAGGACCUUACCAGGACAAAGCAAAAUCUGUGUACGAGGAUCUGCGCAAAAAUGUGGUUCAGAAUAUAAUAAAGGAAUAUGAACGUACAGGUUAUAUCUGGGAAAAUUACCAUGAUAAAACAGGAGAAGGAAAAGGAUCCCAUCCUUUCACUGGUUGGUCAGCUCUUGUUGUGCUGAUUAUGGCAGAGAAAUAUUAA